CCACCUGGCCUCAGUGCCUCGCUUGCCAUUUGAGGCAAGCAGCCGCAGCGUUGCGUUACGUAGCGGCGCCUGCGGCAUGGACGUGUGGUCGCCCCCCCCGGCGGACGGGGCGAGCGAAGCGAAAGGCUGGUAUCUGGCCCUGAUGGCGCCCAACAGCAAAGGGCCGGCCUUCGCCUGGCUGGACCCGUCCAGACUCUACUGCAACUCGCAGGCUCUGGCGGACUGCGUCAAAGACCUGCUCGCUCCCUUCCGCGACGACGCCAUCGACCUGGUGGCCGGCAUCGACGCCAUGGGAUUCAUCCUAGGGGCAUCCGUGGCCAGCACGCUGGGCAAAGGCUUCCUGGCGGUGCGCAAAGCGGGACAUCUUUGCGUGAGCAGCCAACGGCAGAGCUACAGCGACUACACGGGCAGGGAGAAGAGCAUGGAGGUACGAGACGACGUCAUCCGACCGGGCGUGAGGGUGUUGUUGGUGGACCAGUGGAUCGAGACGGGAGGAACCAUGAAGGCCGCCAUCCAGCUGCUGGAGAGGUUGGGUGCCACCGUGGUGGGCGUGGCCGCCAUGGCCGUGGAGAACUCGGAAGGAGGCAAGUGGAUUCGAGAGCAUUACAAAUGCUCGCACUGCAUCCCUGAGGAACUCCAGAGCCAAAUUGAUGGGCAACAUUUGGACUCCUUCAAAAGCUUUGAGAAAUGAACGCACUUGACUCGGUCGGGUUUGAAACAUUCAAGGCCGUCAAAGAAAAAAAGCAACAGCACGCAA